GCUCCGUCUGUGUGCGCGUGUUUGUUCGGUCGCGUGUGCGCGGGGGGGCGGGGCGGAAAAUGCCGAAAGACUUUUCGUGUCGCUCAGGCCGGCAGCCGGACGGACGGUAAGCCGAGGGCGCGCGCGGACGCGCGAUGUAUAUUUGGAUGGUGACUUUUGACGAUCAUCGUUUUUAUUCUUCCACACACGGAUGCAACCGUCAGGAAAGAUCGGCAGAUGACAGACGACAGCAAUGACGGUCAUCGCUUUCACCGUCUCCGUGCUGUGCCUGCUGCCGGCGCCGGCGGCGGCCCGCUGGGCGUGCGCUCGGGCCUGUCCGAGGUCCUGUUCCUGCACGCAAGAGAAGAGCUGCGGCGUGCUGUGCGACCGUUCCGGCCUGGCCGAGCUGCCCGGAGAGUUCCCCUGCGAGGCCUCGGUCAUCAACCUGGACAAGAACAAACUUAAGUUCCUGUCGGAAAGGGCCUUCGGUACCCUGCCGUCCCUCAAGUCCCUCUCGCUGGACCACAACAACAUCUCCUUCAUCACCCCAGGAGCCUUCAAGGGCCUCGCCAACCUGCUGGAACUGAAAAUGGCGCACAACGAGUACAUCAGCUACCUUCACACGAGGACCUUCACGGGCCUCAAGAAGCUGGCGCGCCUGGACAUGUCCGACUGCAACCUCUUCAACAUCCCGGACCGCAUCUUCAUCGAGCAGACGGCGCUCAAGGAACUGCUCUGCUUCCAGAACAAGUUCCGCAGGAUCCCCGGCGCCAUCCGAGGCAUGGAGAACCUGACCCACAUCUACCUGGAGAGGAGCAAGAUCGAGGCGGUGGCCUACAACUCGCUGCUGGGCCUGGGCGGCCUCAAGUACUUGAACCUACAAGAGAACCGCAUCAAUGUCAUCCACGACCAGGCCUUCCAGGACCUCGUGCGGCUGGAGAACUUCUACCUCAACGACAACCUGCUGUCCGACCUACCGCGGCUCGCCUUCAAGGGCCUCGGCCGCCUCAAGAUGCUCAACCUCGGCGGGAACCGGCUGACCGAUAUCUCCGAGACCUGGUUCGGCGACCUGGCGGAGCUGGAGAUCCUCUACCUGGACAGGAACCGGCUGCUGUCCAUCGAGGAGGGAACCUUCGAGAACCUGACCAGCCUGAUCACGCUCCAUCUGAACAGCAACAACCUCACCGCUCUCCCCUUCCCGGUGUUCCAGCCCAUCUACUUCCUGGGCCGGCUCUAUCUCUUCAAGAACCCCUGGGAGUGCGACUGCUCCUUGGAGUGGCUGAAGGAGUGGAUGCGCAAUUACAACCUGGUGCGGGACAUCCCGUGCUCGUCGCCGUCGUCCGUGGCGGGACUCGAUCUGGGCGAGGUGGUCUUUGCCAAAGUGAACGGCACGUGCGUGGAUCCCGCCGAACUGAACCUGACCACCGCGUCCGCAGAGGCGUUCUCCGCCACGGAGAACCGCUUCAACAGCCUCAUUUCCCGGCUGCUGCAGCAGGAACUCCGGGAAGAAGCGGCGAACGGGACGGACGGCGCUCGCAACGGGACGCUGCCGGAAGCCGAGGACGGACGGCUCGCCGCGGGGGUCGGAGGGCGACGCGGGCAAGCGUGGCCCCCGGCUCUCUAUUUCCUUGCGGCUCGGCUCGUCUUUGCUUUCCCCGGGAUGAACGCCGGACUUUCUUGCCCGUGAACGUGUGGAAGAUUUUCUAACCGCAGAUGGCUUCGUGUACAGUACGAUGGGAACAUGAUAUCGCUAUCUAUAAAAAAAACUCGAUAGAAAAGAAGCUUACCUUAAAGCCGCGAGGCGGGUGUUGAUUUCAUCGGUAGGAUUAGCGGUUGUGGUUAGCGUUCGAGGUUUGAGGGUCAGGGUUGUAUUUUGACUCGGGGACUUGGGGCUCAGGAUGAGGCCGGGAAAAGAGGGUUAGGUUUCGUGUUGGAGUUCUGGUUCGGGCUCGGCACGUCUUCGGCCGGCCGCUCCGCGCUGCCGAAGGGCGGAGCGCGGACUUUCUUGCAUACGACGUUCACGGACGCACGGAAGCUUUUCUAAUGCUUCGUGUACCAUAAUCUAUAUCGAUAGAUGAACUCAUUACAUAAGAGAGGCCGAUCAAAAUGUACACGUAGUUGCGUAACGCGGCACUUGAAUUAGAACGACGUAAUAUUCAUCGUGUUCUUUUUGUAUGUUCCGAGGUUAAAGGUCGACGGAGGGAAACAGAUGUCGUCCACUCUAGCGUUUUUGGAUGUUGUUUUUUUCCCCCCUCCUCCAUCUUCUUCUGGCUCGUGAGUAGUCGUAGCAGUGCUCGCGCCUCCUCCGGACGGACGGACGGACGGACGGAGCCUCCCGCUUUCAGCACGCGCGGUCGGGAUCCCGCGACACCCGCAAGCCGCCGGAGUGGCAACGGGCUUACGAUUGAGGCUGGAAAGACCGACGUGAAGAUGAACAUUCCUUUGCAACUCUGACCAUCAACUCCAACUUUGUCCCCGCGAACUCGCACGCCAAGUGUGAUCCAGCUCAGUACUUUUGAAAACUUGUCUUGUAAAUGUGCAACUUUAGUCUCAUAAAAAGAUUGUUUUUCCUCAUAAAAUCGCACCUUUUUCUCAUAACUUGACCAUUUUUUUUUUUUUUUUUUUUUUUUAACAAUCGGAAUAUUCUGACUCAGUCCUGAAAUUCUUGGGAUGUCCCGAUCCAACUUUUUCACUUCCGGUCCGAUACCAAUACUGCGGUCUUGAAUUUUGGCCGCUAGCGAUAUCGGUCCGAUUUUGAAAUAUGGAAUGUUAUAAAAGGCUUGAUCAGGUGAUAUGACUCAAACGGAGAACAAUAAUCAGCAACAGUAGGUAUGAGAAAAACUGGCCCAUUUAUUAUUAACAAAUGCGUUCUAUCAAGUAACUUUAAACAUUAUACUUCAACUUAACAGUCAAACUUUAUUCAUGUAAAAUUAUGACUCAUACAUUUUUGGCAACGAGGACUUUAUUCCCUUAGUAUUUUGACUUUAUUCUCAUUCAUUUAUUCCGAUUGGAGUGUGUAGAAAUGACCUGUUUUUACUCCUAUUUUUCCAAUCUCAAAUGAAACUGACAAAAGUAAAAUUGUGACUUUUUUUCCCUUGUCAUGUCAUCACUUAAGUGAUUCCUAUUUUGUUCCAUAUUCCAACUUUAUUCUGUAAAAUUACAAUUCCUAUUACAUUGUG